AUGUUUUACUUAAUUUUUCAUUUAUUGCUUGCAUUAAGCGCAACUUAUGCAAUACCUCACAAUAAUCGUCGCGCAUUAGAUGCUAUAGCAACAACAACAACAACAACAACAACAUCAAAACAACAACAGUUACCAUCAAAUUUUCGUCCAGCAAAACAAAUCAAUGGAGAUCAAUCAACACAAUCAGAAAAAGUAUUAUCUUUAGCUCAGGCAUCAAUGAUGGCUCGUAUGGAAGCACUACGACGACUUCAACAAGAUCAAGUCGUCUCAUUGCAAGGAAAUCUUCCUGUUGGUAAUGCCUCUCAAGGAGAUUCUUCUGCUGUCGGAAUUACCGCACAAUUACCACCUGUAGAUAAAAGUGUUGAUUUGGAUGGUGAUGGUGCAUUAAGUCUUGAUGAAGUACAAUAUGCUGCAUUUGUACAUCAUGGAUUAUCCAGUAACGUCGUCGAAAAUCUUUUUAACGAAGUUGAUAAAAACGGUGAUAGUUAUUUAACAUCGAUUGAAUUCAAUGAUAUACGACCAUUAGUACUUGCAAAAGCUGAAAGUGCUGCACAACGUUAUUUGCAAACAGUUGACAAAGAUCAUAACGGAUUAUUGUCAUUGAAAGAAGCGCAGGAAUAUAUUUUUAAAGAAUAUGGAAUUGGAAAUCGUGAUGUGGAACGUGUAUGGCGUUUAGUGGUACCAAAUUUAAGUGAUGAAAUGGAUGCUACAAUGUUUAGCAAAUUACGACGACGCAUUCGAGCAAUGUCAAUUCGGCUUGCUAGGCAAAUUAUGAAGAAUGCGGAUACAAAUGAAAAUGGACAUAUUGAUAUGAAAGAAGCUCAAAAGAUAGCAUUUGAGCAGGAAGGUAUCAGUGCGGAUGAUGUAAAUGAAAUGGUAAUAUCUGUUGAUGAUAAUAACGAUGGUGAAUUAAAUGCACCAGAAUUUGCUGAUUUCGAACGAAUUAUUCGUUCACGUGCUAUUGAUAUAUCAAAUAAAGCAUUAAAGGUAGUUGAUCGUGAUGGAAGUGGUACUGUAACAAUGGAUGAAGCUAAACGUAUCGCAUUUGAUCAUUAUGGUUUUGAUGAAAAAAUUCUUGGACCAUUUUUUGCUCAGGCAGAUGAAAAUGAAGAUAGACAGUUGGAUCCAGUUGAAUUUACCGGAUUUCGGACAGUGAUACGCAGUAAAGCUGUAAAAAAUGCCUUAGACAUUAUGCAGGAAAUUGAUAGUGAUGGCGACGGAUAUAUUAAUAAUUCCGAAGCUGUUGCAAUGGCCCGACGACAAGAUGAUAUGGAUGCUAAAGAAACGUUUAAUUUGUUUGUUAUUGCUGAUCAGGAUAAAAGUGGAAAAUUAGACAAAGUGGAAUUAGCUGAUUUUUUACGGCUCGUACGACUAAGUGCUAUUAAAUUUGCUACAGAUCAUUUUAAAGAAUUUGAUAUGAACAAGGAUAAAAUGGUAACAAAUAAUGAAUUAGAAGAAUUGAUCGAAUUGAAAUAUAAAGUUGAACGGUCAAUAACACGACAAAUUUUCAACAAAGUUGAUGUGGAUAAUUCCGGUGAUUUAUCACCCGGCGAACUUGUUGAUUUCAGGCAUGAAAUCCGACGAUUUGUUACGGAACGUAAUUCACAUCGGCCAUACAAUGCAAAAAAAUCAAACGAUCAAGAUGGAGCACAUGUUGGAAGUACUGAAGAAGUAAGAAAACAGCAAUUCACUUCAUUUCCUUCAACAUCCAAUAAAAAUUCCCAACAACAACGACAACAACAAAAACAACAAUAA